CUGCUGAUUUCUUACUAUCAUCAUCAAAAUUCAUCUGUUCGCUGUUCCAAGGAUUCCUCUCGCCAAUCGUACUUUUGCGUGAUACUAGAAUGUCUCUGUCCGCCUCGCAGAGCAUUAUCAGUAAGGCGGAACCUAUAUCUCAAGGUGCAGAGGCUAAAGUAUAUAAGGCGUUUCUCAACUCCGAUUCCGCAACUCCAAUAUUGCUUAAAUACCGAUUCAAGAAGCAAUACAGACAUCCUUCGUUAGAUGCGAAUUUGACGCGGUCACGAGUAGCGGGGGAAGCGCGCGCCAUAUUGAAAUGCCUACGAUCUGGAGUGAGCGUACCAGGAAUUCGGAUGGUGGACGCUUCAGAAGGUGUUCUUGGAAUUGAGUGGAUUGAUGGCCAGAGCGUCAGAAAGCUUCUACCUGGUGGUGCAGAGGAAGAUGAUGACGAGGAGAACGAUGAAGGGCCGGUGAAUUCAGACCCGUUGGAAGAAUAUGGCGUUUCUGCCGAUGAAAUAAUGGAACUCAUCGGCACAGAGAUUGCAAAGAUGCACCUUGCUGAUAUCAUCCACGGCGACCUUACAACAUCGAAUAUGAUGCUCCGACAUCCUCACCGUACAGGACUGCCUGCACAGAUGUUCCUCGUGGAUUUUGGUCUUGCGUACCAUUCCACCCUUAUUGAAGACAAAGCGGUUGACCUAUACGUUCUGGAACGAGCAUUUUCUUCUACUCAUCCAGAAUCUGAACCUCUGUUUGCAUCAGUGUUACAGGCAUACGAAGUAAGAAUGGGCAAGGAGUGGCCAGCUAUCAAACGUCGGUUAGAUGAUGUUCGUCUUCGGGGCAGAAAACGUAGUAUGGUGGGUUAACACAACUGCCUGCGCUCGUGCGUUACGGGUAGACAACUUUGCCUGACGAUGGGAGACCCAUAUUCCCAGGCAUGCUUUACGCUUGAAUACCAGCAAAAAUACAGUUCUUGUAGAAGGAAUCAUAUAAUAAGCAGUAGAAGGA